CUUUCUAUAUGUUAUGCCCCUGAGCCUUCUCCUGCACAUCCUCGUCAGAUGUGUGAAGGGAGAACACCAAAAACAGGCUUGUGUGUUAAUGCAGAGUCGGAAUUCAGCUCCUGCGUUCUUUCCACAUCUCUGCAUAUUUUACGCGCGCCGUUGUCUCCAAAGCUUCCCUUUAAAAGCGACGCAGCACAAACAUGAUUAUCUUAAAGGUGCCAGUGCCGUGUCAAAAUACAUUAAGCUUCACCUGACGGACAUGCUGUGAGACUUUGAUGAGGCUGCGGCUAUCAGAGCGUGAAUUCGCUCUGGUCCAACGAUCUGGUUGGUGAGGAGAAGGGGGUCGACCGCGCGACUGAGCUCUGCGCGUUCACGUGGAACCUAUAAACGGUCGUGGCGCGCAGAGAUGUGAGUAGUCGUGGAGAGAGGAGAAUAGGAUAAUCCUUGCAGAGGACUGCAUCUGUAGCGCCGUGGGAGAUAACUUGACACAGAUACAGUAGGACUCUUCAAAAUGCCAUCUUCACAAAUCUUUUUCCUCUCUCCUUUGUAACGCAACUGUCUAACUUUGCUGUGCCAGGUGAUAUGUGAGCACGAGAGUCCAGCCAUGCAGCUGAAUCAGACUGGAGUUCAAACAUUGGCUCCAGAGCCAUGUGAGCAGCAGCUACUACAGGAGGAAAACACUGGAAACUGUAGUGGACGUUCCACCAGCAACCUGUCGCUGCACUGCUGGCUGCAGCUCCUCACCAAGGAAUCUGUCAUGGAAUUGCAAGGAGACAGCUCCAGCCUGGUAGUACGUGUGAUGAUAGCAUGUGUCUAUUCAAUAGUCUGUGCACUCGGGCUGGUAGGAAAUGUACUGGCUCUGUAUCUGUUGCAUUCACGCUACAGGCAGAAGCAGUCAUCCAUCAACUGCUUUGUGAUGGGACUGGCAAUCACGGACCUCCAGUUUGUUCUGACAUUACCUUUCUGGGCAGUGGACACAGCCCUGGACUUCCGCUGGCCAUUUGGCCGCGUCAUGUGCAAAAUCAUCAGCUCCGUCACCACCAUGAACAUGUAUGCCAGUGUGUUCUUCCUCACAGCGAUGAGCGUGGCACGUUAUUACUCUAUUUCCUCUGCACUGAAGAUGCACAGUCGGCGGGCGGCAGCUACAAGAGCGAAGUGGACAAGUCUGGGCAUCUGGGCUGUCUCUCUGCUGGCAACUUUGCCUCAUGCCAUCUAUUCCACCAGUGCCCAGGUGUCAGAUGAGGAGCUUUGUCUAGUGCGCUUCCCAGACUCAGGCAGCUGGGAUCCACAGCUUCUUUUGGGUCUAUACCAGCUGCAAAAAGUUCUGCUUGGCUUUCUUAUUCCACUGAUCAUAAUCACCGUUUGCUACCUGCUGCUUCUGCGUUUGAUCCUCAGCAGACGCAUCACAGGUGCAGCUGGCCCAGAGAUUGAACAAGGCCGACAAAGACGUCGUUCCAAAGUGACCAAAUCUAUUGUCAUUGUGGUUUUGUCCUUUUUUCUGUGCUGGCUUCCCAAUCAGGCACUGACACUGUGGGGAGUGCUUAUAAAGUUUGACCUUGUGCCCUUCAGCAAGGCCUUCUACAAUGCGCAAGCCUAUGCCUUCCCCUUGACCGUGUGUUUGGCACACACCAACAGCUGCCUCAACCCUGUGCUCUACUGCUUGAUUCGUCGGGAGUUUCGGGCAGGUCUCAAGGAGCUCCUCCUCCAUGCCACACCAUCCUUCAGAAGUCUGACUCAUCUACUGCGUCGCAAGACCAAAGUGGCCGAGGCACCACCUGUUCUAGUGCUGGUUCAGAUGGAUGUCUGAUUGUCUGAACUGAACUGUCUGAAUGACUGGCUUACAGUGACAGGGCAAUUGAAGGACUGGAUAACUAACUCACGAAGUAAAAUAUGUGAAAACUGCCUAUAGUACAAUGGAUCUGGAGCUGAUAUGAUGGUGCAUUCGUCUCAGCCCUGUCAACACAGAAGAUCAAAUAUCUUUUUGGCUUAUGAAACAACAUAAUCAUAAUGGACUACCCUGUGGGAUGUGCCCCACUUUCACUGCAUGCUCCUAAAUUUAUUCUGCUGCAAAUUGUUAUACAAUUGCUAUACAAUGACUUCUGUCUCCGUCUCUCUGUCUCUUUGUCUGUCUGUCUGUCUGUCCGUCUCUCUCUCUCUCUCUCUCUCUCCCUCUCCUUCUGACAGGCAGUGCAAGUGCUCUCUCUAGUAAUUUGUCAUAAAUAUGUAAAGAUGUCAGUCAUAAAUGAGAUUCUAGUAGUUUGAGCAAUCAGGCCCUUCAUCAGACCUCCACUUAAAUCAAAUAGUAAAACUCAACUAACAUUUUUCACAGUAUCCUCAUCAUGAGUGGGAUUAGCCAUUUUUUACACUCAACACUCUCUGAUUAUGAAUUUUUGAUGGAAUUAUUUGGAUAACAAGAAGAGUAAAUCAUGACCAAUAUGUUGAAAAAUCCCCCAGAAAGAAACAAAAAUAUGAGGAGGUUACCCAGUGUGCUGGCCAGUUCCUGCGUUUGUGUUCGUUCUGUAGUGUAGUUGUGUACACUGUUUGAUACAGUAAAGAAAACAGGAAGAAGUUAAACCUAAUCUAAUAAUUUAAAAAGUGAUAAUGAAUUGUUGUAUUCCCUGUAUCCUAAAAGCAACAAAGAGAUAAGUAACUGAAAAGUCUGAUGCUAUAUAUUUGUUUAAAACAAAAGCAAAUGGCAAGGUCAAGCACUGUAAAACAUCUCUGCAAUUUAUUUAUCAAGCAAAGAAUAGUACAACAGUUGUUAGGUUCGUUAGUGACAUUUGUGGAAAAAAAAAUGACAGAAAAAGACAUUAGAAGCAAGAACUUAAAUCAAUUGCUUGUCCUUUUACAAGGUAAGACAAUAUGGCACAAUACAUCAGGGGGUUCAGUCCAACAAGUUUAUAGUUGAUGGGAUGAAUGCUGUCCUCAAGGACACCUGAGGAAUUGAGAUGAUUGAAAGGAGAUCUAUGCU